AUCCACCGACGCGCAGCGCUGUGCGUGGAUCGUCUCGGACGGGCUUGCUUCACCCACAGGUAUCGGCUUCGUUAUAACUCCGCCAAGACGCGUGGGCUUUCCCACUGAAUUGUCAUUUGUUUUCUUAUCGUUCUGGACGCACCUAAAUUAGGCUAAGUGGUUGGAACUUAAGAAAUAAUAGAAAUUAACUGAAAAGCCCAAGGAUGGCGACAAUAGGAGACUUCGAUCCGCUCCACUCCAACGUACCUGCAACAAAGAUUGAAGUUACCGUCUCCUGCAGGAACCUGCUGGACAUGGACACCUUCUCUAAGUCAGAUCCUGUUGUGGUGCUCUAUGUACAGGCCAUCGGGACAAAGGAGUGGAGGGAGUUUGGCAGAACCGAAGUGAUUGACAACACGCUGAACCCCGACUUCGUGAGGAAGUUUGUCCUGGAUUUCUUCUUUGAGGAGAAGCAGAAUCUGCGCUUUGAUGUGUACAAUGUGGACUCCAGAAGUUCAAAUAUAUCAAAACAUAAGGACUUCCUGGGACAGACAUUCUGCACCCUGGGGGAGAUCAUCGGGUCCAAGGGCGGCCGACUGGAGAGGAUCCUCUCUGGGAUUCCGGGGAAGAAAUGCGGGACCAUUAUAUUCACCGCUGAGGAACUGAGCAACUGCCGGGACAUUGCUACCAUGCAGCUGUGUGCCAACAAACUGGACAAGAAGGACUUCUUUGGGAAGUCAGACCCCUUCCUGGUGUUUUACCGCAGUAACGAGGAUGGGACGUUCACUAUCUGCCACAAGACGGAGGUGAUAAAGAACACGCUGAACCCGGUGUGGCAGCCGUUCACCAUCCCCGUCCGGGCGCUUUGCAAUGGUGACUACGACAGAACGGUCAAGGUGGACGUGUACGACUGGGACAGAGACGGCAGCCAUGACUUCAUCGGCGAGUUCACCACCAGCUACAGAGAACUGUCUCGCGGCCAGAGCCAGUUCAACGUCUAUGAGGUUUUAAAUCCCAAAAAGAAAGGCAAAAAGAAAAAAUACAUCAAUUCCGGCACAGUGACUCUGCUGUCCUUCAAAGUGGAGUCGGAGUACACGUUCGUGGAUUUCAUCCGCGGAGGGACACAGCUGAACUUCACAGUAGCCAUAGACUUCACCGCGUCCAAUGGCAACCCAUCUCAGCCCACCUCUCUGCACUACAUGAACCCAUACCAGAUGAACGCCUAUGCCAUGGCCUUGAAGGCUGUGGGUGAGAUCAUACAGGACUACGACAGCGACAAGCUCUUCCCCGCGUACGGCUUCGGCGCCAAGCUGCCCCCAGACGGAAAGAUCUCACACGCGUUCCCUCUGAACUCCAACGGUGAAAAUCCCAACUGCGUGGGCAUCGAAGGCGUUCUGGAGGCUUACUUCCAGAGUCUGAGAACCGUGCAGCUGUACGGACCCACCAACUUCGCCCCCGUCAUCAACCAGGUGGCGCGGUCAGCGGCCGACGUGACGGACGGGUCUCAGUACUUCGUCCUGCUGAUGAUCACAGACGGGGUCAUCUCCGACAUGGUCCAGACCAAGGAGGCCGUGGUCAAUGCUUCAUCCUUGCCAAUGUCCAUCAUCAUCGUGGGAGUGGGACCUGCCGAGUUUGAUGCCAUGGAGGAGCUGGAUGGCGAUGAAGUCAGAGUGUCCUCUAGGGGGCGCGUUGCUGAGAGAGACAUUGUACAGUUCGUACCGUUCCGGGACUACAUCGACCGGUCGGGAAACCAGGUACUGAGCAUGGCCCGCCUGGCCAAAGACGUGCUGGCGGAGAUCCCUGAGCAGCUGCUGUCCUUCAUGAAGUCGCGGGGGAUCGAGCCCCGCCCAGCCCUGUCGGCCCCCCCCAAACCAGGGCUGAACAUGCGCAUCUGA